CAACUUGGUGACUAUUCCAUACUGUCCAUCAACGGAGCAACGCCAAAGCAUGAAGGGAACUAUACGUGUUAUGUCAGCAAUGCAGCAGCAUCUGUUAAUUAUACGGCUACGUUGCACAUUGACGUUCCGCCAAGAUGGGUAAUGGAGCCAGAGGACUCAUUUGUUAUCUUGCAUGAGUCUGUGCAGUUGUACUGUCAGGCAGAUGGAACUCCACAACCACAGGUGGUUUGGAAGAAAGCUGAAGGUCAAACGCCAGGCGACUACCAACUGCUGACCUUUGACCCAUUAGAAGACCAUCGUGAACUCUUCUCCAAUGGAACCCUGUUAAUCAACAAUGCCAGAGAGGAGGAUCAUGGGUACUAUUUAUGUCAUGCCAGUAAUGGAGUCGGCUUUGAUAUCAGCAAAGUCAUCCAUCUUAAUGUCCAUAUCCCUGCACGCUUCAAUGAACCCAGACAUAACUACACCGUGAUGAAAGGUCAAGGGAUUACUAUGGAAUGCCAGGCUGUAGGAGACAAGCCUCUGUCGAUUUCUUGGAGUUUCCAGGGAGCUCCGAUCAGCUCCCACAGCAAUGAAAGGGCUGUUGUUGUCUCUCAGUCGACUCCUCGUGGCAAGUUGUCCCAGCUGACCUUGAAUCCUACAACCCGUACCGAUUCUGGUUUUUAUACUUGCAAUGCCAAAAACAAAUUUGGCAAUGCUGUACUUGUCAAUUACCUGCUGAUUCAUGAGCCCCCGGAGCCUCCAGGAAAGGUGGAAGUUGUGAAUGUGACCAGCCGAGGUAUUUUCGUAUCUUGGCAAACACCAUUUGAUGGCAACAGCCCCAUCAUUGGUUAUACAAUUCAGUACAAGAACGACACAGAAAUCUGGCAAGGACUACUUCCGAAUAUCACCGUGGGCAGGUCGCAGCAGUUGGCUUUGCUGUCGAACUUACUUCCAUCUUUCAGGUACCACAUCCGAGUCCUGGCAAAUAACUCUGUCGGAUACAGUGACCCUAGUGAAAUUGUCGAAGCUCAGACAGAAGAAGAAGCACCUAAUGGUCCACCUGACAGGGUCACAGUACAAGCAGUUGGCUCACAGGCACUGAAACCACCAGUGAUUGGCUUUCAGAAUGGCAAAAUUCUGGGAUAUUACAUCGGUUAUAAAGAAACUCAAAGCCCAGCCCAGUUUAUUUAUGAGACCCAUGAAGUGCAAGCUGGCGCAGAAAAGAGAGGAACUGCUACUGAACAUACCAUCAGCAAGUUGAAGAAGUUUACACAAUACACAGUUCAUGUGAAGGCUUACAACAUCAAGGGCAUCAGCCCAGCCUCCGCUAAUGUCAAUGUAUUCACGCUGGAAGAUGUGCCCAGUCAGCCACCUGAAGGUGUCCAAGCCUCCGCACUGAGUUCUGACAGCAUCAAAGUAGCAUGGUCACCUCCACCUCUUUUCACAUUACAUGGCAUUUUGCAGGGCUACAAGAUUCUCUACAAGCCUGUGAGGCUGGACGAAGAUGAAAGUGAUGCCAAUUUCCAAACGUCAUCCCAGUUGGAGAUUGUUUUGUUUGGUCUGGAAAAGUUUACUAACUACAGCAUCCAGGUGCUGGCAUACACCAGAAAGGGAGAGGGGGUUCGGAGCACAUCUGUUUAUGUCAGGACAAGAGAGGAUGUCCCAGAUGCCCCCGCAAACAUCAAGGCCCUGGCCACAAAUGACAGCGCCAUCAUGGUAUCAUGGACUCCGCCAACAAGACCCAACGGUGUCUUGACCAAAUACUCGUUAUAUUUCAACAACCAGAGUUCUCCAGAGGUGGAAGAUGUUGUCAUUGACCUCCCCCCAAAUGUCACCCACUACAUCAUGGGAGGUCUGUCGCGGGGAGGAGAAUACGCUUUUCGUGCCUCAGCAUCCACAGUGAUGGGAGAGGGGAGGACCACAAAGUAUAUCGGAUCUAGCACUUUACUCGUGGCCCCAGCAAGGAUUGCCAGUUUUUCCGACAUUCUGACAGUUUUGUGGCAUGAAGAUGUUACACUGCCCUGUAUCACUGUCGGCAAGCCAAAGCCAACAGUUCAAUGGAGAGUCAGAAAUCAGCCAAUCAGUAACUCUGAGAGAUUUCAAGUGAAUGAAGAUGGCUCAUUGCACAUCUCGUCCGUGACGGGACCCGAUGCAGCAAACUACACCUGCGUUGCUGAGAACCCACAUGGAACGAGUCAGAUUGUCUUCACCAUUCGUGUACAAGCUCCUCCACAUCCUCCUCAUCUUUACCUGGUACUGACCACUACAACAACAAUUCAGGUUAACUGGUUGUCUGGCAGCAAUGGAGGCAGCCCAAUACUGGGCUUUCUUCUGAACUACAAGAAAGAACACAACGGCUGGAAGUCUUUGACUCUAGGACCUCAGAACCGGACAUUCAUUGCCAACAACUUAAUGUGUGGCACACAGUACAAAUUCAACAUCCAUGCUUUUAACAAGCUGGGUGACAGUUUGGAUUCUGAGACUGUCACAGCGCGGACAAAUGGUUCUGCUCCCAUUGCACCCCCUCAGAGCAUGCUACUGGCCUCUGUGAAUGCAACGUCUGUGACCCUUGACCUGACCUCCUGGCAGACAUCUGGCUGUCCUAUCAGCACAUUCUCUGUUCGUUACCACGUGUGGGGAGAUGAAAUCUGGCAGCUGGUUAAUAAUAACAUCCUGCCAAACACUACCUUACUGGUGGUGCAAGACUUCUCUCCGGCCACCUGGUAUAUCAUGGAUGUUGUUGCACAUAGUGAUGCAGGCUCCACCUCCACACAGCUCAAGUUUGCAACUCUCACAUUUGCUGGAAGCACAAUUAAACCGCUGAAAGUUCUGCACAAGCAGGAGGCAGAGUUCUAUGAGAAAGCCUACUUGAUGGUGCCAAUUUGUGCGGCUGUAGUCUUCCUGUUCUCCGUUCUAGUGGCUGUGCUCUUGUUUUGUCGUCGUCGCAAAGACAGACUUAGAUACAAAGAACACAAUGCAAACUUACGUAGAGACAUCACUGCGGAGACUUCACUUAUGAAUGACCUGGACAAACGCCUGAACACAGAGCUGGACAGCAGUAGUAGCAGUACAAUUCCUGACCACAUCAGCAAACAGAGAAAUGCCAACCUGCUCAUCUCCUUACAGAGUGACGAUAAUUUGCCAGGUAACAGCAGUGCCUGGUUGAUCGAUGGCAGCAAUAAAACUACCAGCGACAAUGGCAGUUUUGGUCGUUCAGAAGAAGAAGGGAACAUUAACCCAUAUGCCACUUUCAAUGAGAUUAAACAAACUCUGAGUCCGGAAGUUCGAACCGCAGUUCCUUUGAAAGGAGCAGCCGUGCCCAAAUCUUCAUCCGAAGAAGACGAUAUCGCCAUGCAGAAGGCUGUCGCAAGACGAGAGAUGGAAGAUUACCAGUCUAAACAAUCCACCCAGUCCACGCCGUCUGAACCGUAUGUUCCAUUUUUUCAUUCUAAGCAUGAGAAACAGUCAAGGUCUACCAAGAAGCAGCCACCUCCACCUUUGCCAGCACCACGGAGAGUGCUGAAAGACACCGCUAAAGUACCGGAGGGGUAUGAUAAUCAUGGUGUGGUGCUGAGUCCCAGACGAUACGCCAGUGCCGACCAGAUUCAUGCUCUGUUCUCCCAGCCUUCUCGGCCACACAGCAGUACCAAGUCUGGCUCUGAGUCCACUGACAAGGGUUCCCAGCGACACAGCCUUAUAUCAAGCGUAACAACAGUGUCUUCAAGCAGGGAUGAGUUGCUUGAGGCUUUAGAAAACGCCAAGAGGAAUCCUGCACCACCAGUUUUGUAUGAGAGUGAGAAUGAUCCUCAUCACGAUGGAGGCACUGAGGGUGACAUAGAUCCUGACUCAAGUUCACAGCCAACAGACAGUUCUGUAACCACAGAACCUGGAAUUCGAAUGUUCACACAGUCUCCGCCAAAACCAAACGAGCAAAGACAAGCAUCAUAUGAGGUGCCACCGUAUGAGCAGCAACAGAAACGUCGGCGCCAGCAGCGAAUGGAAGUAGAGAGUGACACAAAUGAGUGUGAAGCUCCACCUACUUUAUUGCGCAGGCCUCUGCCCCCUCGAAAGGUGCGACCCAGGCACCGGGGUAAACAGAGAGGUCAAGUGACUGGGAAAAGACCAUUAGGAACUUUCAUGCCAAGGACACAAAGUGGCACAAGUACAACCAGUACAAACAGCGAAGAGGUGACUUACACAUUUGGCGAACGGGCCCAGACACCUCGUUCUAACAGUCCUGGGGAGAGUUACCCCCCUUAUGCCACAUCAGCGUCAGUUGGCCAGGAGAGCUUUGUGGAGUUCACUUCAGAGACAGGCAGAACUCGGAGAGGUGGUCGGCGAACUCCACACGCUAGAGUACGUUAUGACACUAACAUUCAAACACCUGGCACAGAUGAUCAUCGUCCAUUAGUGACUUCACUUGCACAUCCUGUGUUGGCAACAUCCCCAGAGGAAGAGGAGUCUGUUAGUUUGUUAGAUAG